AUGGCGAUAUGCAAACACUACGGUUUCCCUAGCCUAUUCAUAACAUUUACAUGCAAUCCUACUUGGCCCGAGAUAACAAGGUACGUGAAGAAAAAAGGUCUCAAUGCGAAUGAUAGGCCUGACAUUAUUUCUCGCAUCUUCAAAAUCAAGCUGGAUUCUUUAAUGUUUGAUUUGACGGAGAAACAACUACUAGGGAAAACAAUUGCAGCUAUGUAUACUGUUGAGUUUCAGAAAAAAGGUCUUCCUCAUGCUCAUAUACUACUAUUCAUGGAUAAAAAGAGCAAGUUACCAACCUCCGACGAAAUCAAUAAUAUUAUUUGUGCUGAGAUUCCAGACAAAGAAGACAAACCAGAACUAUAUGAAAUCAUAAAAUAUUCUAUGAUUCAUGGUCCUUGUGGAGCUGCUAAUAAGAACUCACCAUGUAUGGUUGAUGGCAAGUGUUCUAAGAUGUAUCUGAAGUCACAUGCAGAGUUAACUAGAGUUGGAAAGGAUGGUUAUCCUAUAUAUCGGAGGAGAAGGACAACUAGGUAUAUUGAGAAAGGUGGUUUCAACUGUGACAACAGAUAUGUUGUUCCUUACAAUGAGAAGUUAUGUUUACAAUACAAAGCACACAUUAACGUGGAAUGGUGCAAUCAGACAGGGUCAGUUAAAUAUUUGUUUAAGUACAUUAACAAAGGACCAGACCUUGUAGCUGUCGUCGUGAAGCCAGUUGACAAAAGUGAAGCUAAUACUACUACCAACGUUUGUAACUCCACCCAGAAUCAAAUAAAGAAGAACGAAAUUAAAUAUUACUUUGACUGUCGGUAUGUAUCUGCCGCGGAAGCUAUUUGGAGGAUCUAUAAAUUCCCGAGACAGUUUAGAACAACCCCUGUGCAGAAACUAUCGUUUCAUAUAGAAGGAAAAAAACCAUGCUACUUCAAAAAGGAUGAUGAUAUAGAAGAAGUUCUCGAGAAAUCAGUAAACGAAGACUCUCAGUUGACGGGUUGGUUCUAUUUGAAUCAGGUUAAUCCGGAUGCUAAUCAGUAUCUGUACUUGGAGAUUCCUGCCCAUUUUACAUGGCAGGGAAAACAGAAACAAUGGAAAGAGAGGAAACGAGGGUUUUCGCUGGGUAGGAUUAACUAUGUGCCACACUGUUUGGAAGCAAAGUAUUUUAUGAGAAUCCUUCUAAAUAUUGUAAGAGGUCCAAAAUCUUUUGAAGACAUUAAGACCUACAGAGGUGUUGUUUACAAGACGUAUAAGGAUGCAUGUUUUGCCCGGGACUCUUUAUCACGACCAGAGCAUGUAUGGGAGAAGACAUGGAUACAUCUUUCAGAAGAUAUUGAAACCAAUAAAAGGAAUGAAUAUAACAACACAGAUUUGAACUUGAGCGAUGCUGAUAAGAGGAAUUAUGCUUUGAUUGAAAUAGAGAAGUUAAUGUUAUGA